CCACCUUACUUCUCAAUCCCAUACAUCUUUCAUUAUUAUUAUUUCCCCCUCUGACCCUCCCUCUGCGCUUCCUUCUCCCCCACCCAUCUUCUAUCUCACAGAAAACCAAAACCCCCAUUAUUGUUCUUCUUGAUAAUAAUGCGAAAAGAUCGAUCACCACCAAGUACUGCUUGAUUAGGUGUUGCUGUAGUUGUGUUUGUUAAUGAUGGAAGGGAUCAAAGGCUUAGGAUUAGGAGGAGGGAAGGUUGCUAUUGGUGUUGGCAAUGGCGUUGGUCAUGAGCAGGUGAUUCAGGAUCAAGACAUGGGAGAUGGAAUGCAGUGCAGUGACCAUCCUUUCAGAAACAACCCAGGUGGGAUCUGCGCUUUCUGUCUCCAAGAGAAGCUCGGCAAGCUCGUCUCUUCUUCCUUCCCUCUCCCUGUUCGUAACUCCGCCUCUUCUUCUUCCUCCCCUUCUUUUAGAUCUGACAUCACCGGCGCUAGCAAUGCCGGCGGUGUCAGCGUUGCCGGUCCUUCCUCUACUUCUCUCUCGCUCUCGGUCCGUCCGAAAGCUAACGGUGAGUCAUUUAAUCAUGAUGAGUAUUACACCCGGCGCGCCAGGAUGUCGUUUCUUCUGGCCAGGAAGAAGAAGAAAGUGACUGCCAAUGGUGGUGAGAAUAGUCACAGCCGCGCCGCGGAUAUGGUUUUCAAGAGGAGCAAGUCGACCACGACGCCGAGGAGGAGCCAUUUCAUGGAUGCUGCUGAUGAAUUUAGCCCCAGAAAGAGAAAUGGGUUCUGGUCUUUUCUCUACCACCACCACAAAACUUCCAAGAAAAUCGACAACAAAAGCUUCCGAGACAACUCCAAGAUUUCCUCCUCCUCCUCGUUCACAUCUUCUGCAACUACAACAGCAGCUGGGAGGGACAAGUCUUUGGGGUCUUCUUUAAGGAAUAAAGCCGAAACAGCCGUGGGUGAGGUUGAAGACGACAGCAGCCCCAACAGCCAAGCCACAGCCUCAGCCUCUUCGUUCGAGCGGAAAGUCUCCAGAUCCAGAUCUGUAGGCUGCGGCAGCCGGAGCUUCUCCGGCGACUUCUUCGAGCGGAUCUCGACUGGUUUCGGCGACUGCACUCUCAGAAGGGUGGAGUCUCAAAGAGAAGGCAAGCCUAAACACUCUUCAGCAGUUCGAAACGGCGCCGAGCGUGUCAAAUGUGGUGGGCUUUUCAGUGGGUUCAUGAUGACUUCAUCUUCUUCAUCGUCUUCGUCUUCCUCCUAUUGGGUCUCGUCAGCCGAAGACAUGAACGGGAAAGCAAUAUCCGGUGGUCCCGGGGCGCUAGUCCAAGGCGGCAGAAGCAGGAGCAGCUGGGGUUGGGCCUUCGCUAGCCCCAUGAGAGCUUUCAGCAAACCCUCUUCGAAAGACGGGAAGAGGGACAUUAUUAGACAAGCCAAUACUUCAGAUAAGAACACCACCCCUAACUUGUCUGCAAUUCCUUCCUUGCUAUCUGUUAGAGGUUGAUGAUGAUCAAGAUGAAGAAGAAGAGAUUAUACACAUUAAAUGUCUGUUAAUUAAUUUAA